UCCGCCGCCACCGCCCGUAAACAUGGCGUCUGUAGUGCGUAAAGUCUUGUCCUUCAGCAAAAACUUAAAGGUUUUUGUGCCAGUUUUUAGGUUGUCUGUUGUACCCGUUCGUUGCUACAAUGUAGACGUUUCCCCUACCGGAGAACCAAUCACUCAUACCGGACAGAUGUUUGAUGAAGAGGAUCACAGGAGAGCUCGAUUUGUUGGCAGACAGAAAGAGGUGAAUAAGAGUUUUGCUAUCAAGUUGGUGGCAGAGGAGCCAGUGACUGACAUUGAGGCCAGAGUGGUGUCCUGUGAUGGAGGUGGAGGGGCUCUGGGCCACCCUAAAGUCUACAUCAACCUGGACAAAGAUACAAAAGUGGGGACAUGUGGUUACUGUGGACUACAGUUCAAGCAGAAGCAUCAUCACUGAGACACGAACUCUAUUUGCUGCUUUGUAUAAAUUGUCAUAUUGAGUAAUAAAUUAUCUUAAAUCUAUC